AUGACAAGGGGACAGAGUAUGACCGAGGCAGCAGAGGUGACAAUGGGAACAGUCAAAGCAACCCGCACAAGCGUCAUGGUUGGAGUCAGCAGACGGGGAAGGUCAGGAGGGAUGCGGGAAGUGAUUCAGCAAGGCAAACGGUGCGGGCGUGGGCGGAACCCAGCCAGUCUCCUCCUCGGCGGACCACCACAGCGGCAGCCUUGUUCCGACGCUCGGGCCACCCAGCUGCCUCGAGGGGGGAGGAAAUGGGCAGGAGUAGGCGCUCGGGAGACGCCCAGCCACGACUCCCGUCUUCACUCGAGAUGGCUUCAAACCCAGCGACAACCCAGCACCCGCCAUCCCGCUGAGGGACUUGACUUCACACAAUACGGCUACGCCCAGUUCCCUAUCGCCGCCGCCAUCAGCGUCGCCGUGUUCGCCAUCCUCGCCACGCUCUAUUCUGGCAAGAUUUACAAGCACAGGCCUUUGUACUCUGUCCCAGUCGUUGUCGGCGGUGCUUGCCAGUGCUUCUCGACAUCCCCUAAGCGCAGCCGGUGGCUGUGGCUGGCAGGAUCGAUCACCCAAAGCUGCGGACGGCCGAAGUGGUUUCUUCUCCAGAUCACCUUCGCCUUUUUCAUGGCCACCGCCGUCGUCAUCCACGCCCGCGGUUUCCAGCAGCCGUCCCUGUCCGGCAUCCCCUAUCACCGCCACCUGCUGGUGCUUUACGGCAUCAGUCUCCUCACAUGGUCCGGAGCAUCUUCCGCCUUGUCGAGUACCUGCAGGGCAACGGUGUCACAAAGGAGGCUAUCACCAAGGGCCGGCACACUGUUCCAGGCCUUUGUUCGGACGGUCUGCACGGGCACCGGUGCCGCACAGGGUAGAUGCUUGCCGAGCACUCGUCGGCAAUGACGGGGGCGCGGUAGCGAGUGCCGCGCCUGCAAAAGAGGGGAUCG